CGGAGGCGGGUUUUCUUAAUAAGCGAAGUGUGCAUCUCAGAAAUAUUUCCUGGGAUUUCCAUCAGCGCUGGAGGAAACUGACAGAGCAGAGCAGAGCAGAGCAGCGGCAGCCCCCGGAGCCCAGCCUGUAAAAUAAGCAGACGUCAGAGACUCUUCGCCCCGCUUCGCCGCUGCAGUUACAUUUUUAUCGCGGUGUAAUCACAGCCUUAUUUGCGGGAUUUCACGGCUGCUUACAAGGCGCUAUGUAGCGCAGCGAAUGGCAUGCUGGUGGUAGCUGUUAGACGUUUAUCGGCUUUUUAAUUUUAAACACCGUGCCUUGGCGGAAAGAAGAGGAUUUCGUUUUAUUUAAGGUCAAGUGACGAUGAACGAGCAGGAGGGCGGGGUGGUCUCAUUUGACGAAUAUGUGCGGCAGAAGGCCCGCACUGUGCCUCAGCAUAGGAUGAAGGAGUUUCUGGAGUCCCUUGCUAAGGGCCCAGAGGUGCUGCAGGAGUUCAACCAGCAGGGGGGAGGAGGAGGAGCAGUGGCCACCACCACAACCAUGGUGUACCAGCAGCAGGAGGCCAACUGUAUCUACACAGACAGCACUGAGGUGGCUGGAUCCCUCCUGGAGCUGGCCUGCCCAGUCCAGGUGACCUCAGCUGAGAUUUCCCCCCAAAUGUCUGUACAUCCAGGCUCUGAACAGCAACUCCAAGUGCAGGUCCAGAUUCAGGAACAGCCGGGCCAAGCGAUGGGCCAAGUUCUGCAGGUGUCCUCUCCGUCCCAGCAGGAGCUGCAGGGAAUCUCCACGGCUCAGCUGGUGCAGCAGGCCGAACUCACAGAGGAGCAGCAGCAGCAGAUUCAGGCUCAGCUGAUUGCAGCUGUUGCUGGAGGUCAGCAGAUCCAGCUGUCAAGCGGCGAACAAAUCCAGCUGCAAGGAACGCAGCACAUCCAGCUGCCUGGCGGGCAGCAGAUUCAGCUCCAGGCAGGCCAGCAGAUCCAGCUACAAAGCGGCCAGCACAUCCAGAUCCAGACCAUAGAGGCCAUGUCUCCGUCCCAGCAGCAGGAUUCUCCAAGGGAGGGCGAGAGGCGGCCGGGCGCCAUUGCAACCGUUCUCCAGCCAGCAAAGAAGCGCAAGGUGGACGUUCCCCUCGCCGUCUCCUACGCUGUGCCGCAGGGGCAGCAGCUGGCCACCGUUCUGACCAUCCCUCAGGGGCAGCAGCAGAGCUACGUCUCCCUGCGACCCGACCUGCUGACCGUCGACAGCGCUCAGCUGUACAGCACCACAGGAACCAUCACAGGUCCCACAGGCGAGACUUGGACCAUCCCUGUCUACUCCACUCCACAGCAGCAGGGCGUGACACACAUCGCCAUACCACAGGAUGCAUACAGCACCGUGCAGGUCACCACGACUACCAACGGCAAGGACAAAGUGGCGACCAGCUCCGCGUCGAGGUCCGCAGACGGUCAGGUAGCCUCCACCCAGGAGGAGAUAGUGCAGACGCUGCUGCCUGCGCAGUUUAUGAACGGGAACAUCCACAUCCCGGUGGCAGUGCAGACUGUAGGAGGAACUUACAACACCACACAGUCAGUCCACAUCUGGGACCCCAGUCAGCAGCAGAGCCACGGCGACGAGGGCACAGAGCAGCAGCUCCAUCUGCAGGGUCAAGUAGAGACGGGCGCCGACGUAGAACCGCCUGCAGAGAUUCUGGUUCCCGUGUCUCUGAAACCAGAGGAGGGUCUGGAAGUGUGGCGCUUCUGGGCAAAGAAGAAAAACGCUGAGCUUAGCAAGCAGGAACAAACAAAACUCGCACCCAUAGGACGUCGCCAGCCUCUGCGUUUCCAGGAAGACUUGGUGUCCAGCGCUGUUGCUGAGUUGAACCUGGGACUUUCCUUGAUGACUAAAGAAGCUCGGGGCUCAGAGGAAGAAGAGCUGGCGCCUGAUGUUCUGUAUUAUGUGUUCUUGUGUAUUCAGAAGUAUCUGUAUGAAAACGGACGUGUGGAUGAUAUCUUCUCCGAUCCGUACUACACACGCUUUUGUGAGAGUUUACACAAACUUUUACAGGACUGGAAACCCAGCAUCCAUCCUUUAGGUUAUAUCAUUCCAAGUCAUGUGACCGAGGAGAUGCUGUGGGAGUGUAAACAGCUUGGUGCUCAUUCUCCUGCCACGUUGCUUACAACACUAAUGUAUUUCAACACUAAGUAUUUCCGUCUGAUAACGCCUGAGCACCACAUGAAAGUGGCUUUUUCAAAGGUGUUGAGACACUCGAGGAAGAAUCCCACCAACGCCAAGGACAAGGCAACCAGUAUCCGCCUUCUGAAAGUGCAGAGCCAACACACCUCCGGACAAAAAGGAACCGACGACAUGUAUGAAGAACAGAUUGAAGAUCCUGAAAACCCUCUGCGCUGCCCCAUAAAACUUUACGACUUUUACCUCUUCAAAUGUCCCCAAAGCGUCAAAGGUCGCAGCGACGCCUACUACAUGACGCCCGAGCCCGUUGUGGCGCCGAACAGCCCGAUGUGGUACUCGUCCCAGCCGCUGUCGAAUCGGCAGGUGGAGCAAAUGUUGGCCCGCAUCAUCGUAGUGAGAGAGAUCCAGGAGAUGAUGGGCACCUCUCCUGAGAGCGUGAGCUAAGCUGGGCGGACUGGCUGGACUUGACUAUGCAGCACCAUCCAGACUACACGCCACCUCUGAGGUCAUCAAAUAAAGCGGGGCAUCUUCUAAAACAAUCAUUUUCUUCUGAGCAGAGCAUUAUGAUUGCAUUUGCUAGUUCCUGAGAUAUUUCUCAUCUGACCGGGUUGGAGAGUUAUUCCUGCAGCUCUAUAACCUUUGAACUUUGAGUGAGCUGUGGGUGGUUGUAUUUUACAGCAGAGGUGGAUGUUUUGUUCUUUUCUUCCUGUAGACGUCUUAUUGACACGAUAUGAAAUUAUUCAGUACUGAACAUCUUACUCUCACGUCUUACUUCUCUCCAAGCUCUCGCUAUGAUAGGUUGCAACUCAUGAUUACAGGGAUGAUUGCUCCGGUUUUGUAUUCUCACUGCAAUUUAAACAAUGUAUUGAUAUGUUUAAAUCUGAGGAAUGUGUGCCUUUUGUUUGUUUUUUUUUCUUUCUUUUUUUACUUGUUUUUGAGGCUUGUCAAUUUUCAACAGGAUCCAGGAUUUUAUUGUAAUUAUUCAGUAGACUUGAUUUCCUCCCCGGUCAAAACUAGCAAUUGGAGAACUACCAAAAAUCUUGCCAUCUUUAGCCCUUCAUGUAUGUGUGUAUAGUAGGACAUUAAAGAGGAGAAACGGUUGGAAA